UGCAGGGGCCGCUAACGGUCCCGCGCCCUCGGCGUCCGCGCCCCCAGCCCGGGGACGACGGCGCCGCGGCCAUGGGGGCGACGCGGGCGGCGGAGCCGCUGCGCUCCGUGCUGUGGGUGAAGCAGCAGCGCUGCGCCGUGAGCCUGGAGCCCGCGCGGGCGCUGCUGCGCUGGUGGCGGAGCCCGGGGCCCGGAGCCGGCGCCCCCGGCGCGGAUGCCUGCUCCGUGCCGGUCGCCGAGAUCAUUGCCGUGGAAGAGACAGACGUCCAUGGGAAGCACCGCGGCAGCGGCCGGUGGCAGAAGAUGGAGAAGCCGUUCGCGUUCACAGUCCACUGUGUGAAGAGAGCGCGGCGCCACCGCUGGAAGUGGGCGCAGGUGACGUUCUGCUGCCCAGAGGAGCAGCUGUGUCACCUGUGGCUGCAGACCCUGAGGGCCAUGCUGGAGACGCUGACGUCGAGACCAAAGCAUUUGCUGGUGUUCAUCAACCCGUUUGGAGGAAAAGGGAAAGGCAAGCGGAUCUACGAGCAAAAAGUGGCGCCGUUGUUUACACUGGCCUCCAUCACCACCGACGUAAUCGUUACGGAACGUGCUAAUCAAGCCAAGGAGACUUUAUAUGAGAUUAAUAUAGACAAGUAUGACGGCGUCGUGUGUGUCGGCGGCGACGGCAUGUUCAGCGAGGUGCUGCACGGCCUGGUGGGCAGAGCGCAGAGGAGCGCGGGCGUGGACCAGAAUCAUCCGAGGGCCGCGCUGGUGCCCAGCAGCCUCCGCAUCGGCAUCAUCCCCGCGGGGUCGACGGACUGCGUGUGCUACUCCACGGUGGGCACCAACGACGCAGAAACGUCAGCUUUGCACAUCGUGGUCGGGGACUCGCUGGCCAUGGACGUGUCCUCCGUGCACCACCACGGCACGCUGCUGCGCUACUCCGUGUCCCUGCUGGGCUACGGCUUCUAUGGGGACAUUAUCAGAGACAGCGAGAAAAAGCGGUGGAUGGGUCUCGUCAGAUACGACUUUUCAGGUAUAAAGACCUUUCUCUCCCAUCACUGCUACGAAGGGACGGUGUCUUUCCUGCCUGCACAGCACACGGUGGGAUCUCCGAGGGACGGGAAACCCUGCCGAGCAGGGUGCUUUGUCUGCAGGCAGAGCAGGCAGCAGCUGCAGGAGGAGCAGAAGAAGGCUCUCUACGGCUUGGAGAAUGCUGAGGAGGUGGAAGAGUGGCAGGUCGUCUGCGGGAAGUUUCUGGCCAUCAACGCCACAAACAUGUCCUGUGCUUGUCGCCGGAGCCCCAGGGGCCUCUCGCCGGCUGCCCACUUGGGAGACGGGUCUUCCGACCUCAUCCUCAUCCGGAAGUGCUCCAGGUUCAAUUUUCUGAGGUUCCUUGUCCGGCACACCAACCAGUGCGAUCAGUUCGACUUCAGUUUCGUGGAAGUUUAUCGUGUCAAGAAGUUCCAGUUCACUUCGAAGCACGUGGAGGACGAGGACAGUGACCUGGAGCAGGGGAAGACGCGCUUCGGGCGGAUCUGCAGGGAGCACCCCUCGUGCUGCUGCCCGGCGUCCGGCAGCUCCUGGAACUGCGACGGGGAGCUGCUGCCCAGCGCGGCCCUGGAGGUCAGGGUCCACUGCCAGCUGGUUCGACUCUUUGCACGAGGAAUCGAAGAGAACCCCAAGCAAGGACCACACAGCUGAGACGCCCUCACACCGUCCGCCUCGUGCUUGGGGCGUGUGAACGUUAUUUAAGAAAUUUACUACAGACCAAUUAUGUUCAUAUAUACAUUUAAAUUUAGAAAUUUAUUUUUGAUAGUUAAAUCUUGAUUUUAGAAAAAAUACUUUGUCAACAAUUCUGUGUGCAUACUUGGCAUUUUAAGUUCCGUGUCAUCUGUGGGUUGCCUUUCACACAAGUCGUCCUCAGCAAGUUCUUCCUGUUGAUUUGGGGCCUUGGCUUCUUAGACUUCAACAAUGUCAAUAGUGUAGUUUUAAAAAUGGCCCAUUAGUGGCUCAGUUGCAAUAAUUUUAGGGACAUUGUGAGUGCUUUCCCUGAAGGUCACACCAUCUGGGCACGAGGUAGCCACUGGGUCUCUCCGACCCGCUUGGCAAGACUUACUCUGACUGCGAGGCCAAGUUCCGGAAAGUGGCGGAUUCUCUUUGCCUUCGUUCGCCUUCGUCGUACUCUGUGCUAGGACACUGCUGUACCGGCCACGACAACGUGACGCAACGUGUCCCGCUUCAGUGACAUUGUGGGAGUCCGACCGUCGUGGUGCAUGGGAGGGCGCUGGGCACAAGAUGCAUGGUCUGGAGGGUUUGCGCCCAGCCCCACCCAGCUGCUCCUGGGACAAAGCGGCCGGGAGCGAGGACCCGGUGCCCGCUCAGCAGACAGAUCAGGAACUCUGGGGACAGUCAAUGUGGGAAGCCCUGGAGAGUUUUUUCACUGUUUUAAAACGUAAAAUGCUGAUGUGUUCUAGUGACGUACAGUCCAUGACGUGGCUGGACUUUGUGGGGGACACAGACAGAAGCUGGCAACGGCGGCGGGGUCGUUGC